UUCUCCUUUCGCAAAAUCAACGCGCCAGACAAAACAAUUCUCGCAAACCAUACCAUCUUCCUCCUCACCGGAAACCCAAAACCUCCUCCUCUUCACCUUUCUGCUCAGAAAUCGCACUCUCUCCUCUUCACCUUCGCUUCCGAUUCGCUUUUUCUUCUUCCGAUUCUCUUCUUCCUCGACAACGAUUCGUUUUUAGUUUCAAGAACAUAACGUAACCAUCGCCAUCAACCAUCGCAAGAACAUAACGUCACCGUUUCCUCUUCACCAUCUUCGUCGAGUCGGUGCGUUUCAUCUUCAAACAUCAUCAUUCAUCAUUCAUCGUCGUUCAACAUUCAUCACUGAACGAACCAAAUGAUGAAAAGAAAACAGGUUGAAAAAUCUAAGGUUGUAGACGCACCAACCUUCAGCCUUGGACUAACACAGUCCGAUGACUCAAAGGCUUCAUCAUCGCGUCCUUCUAGACAACUGAAGGGGAAAAUAGAACAGACAAAAGCGAAUGAAAAGAAGCAGUAUAAAAAAACUGUGCAUCAACAAAAUGAUGAAGGAAGUUCAGAUGAUGGUGAAAAAGUAAAGGGGAAAAAGCUGAAGGAAGUUACUGAGCCUGAUCAGAGGUUGAGGCACAAAAUGAGUAUUCCUAAGGUCUACAUCCUUAUGCAAUCCGUGAAUACAAAAAAAUUUAAAAAGAAGAUAGUUGAGGAAUUGAAUCAAUUUGGGUUUGGAGGAAUGUUGCACAUAUGCAACUGGACUAGGAUCCACACAUUCUUUGUGGAUUGGAUAGUGAAUAAUUUUGAGAAAGAUCACAUGUGGAUCAGAUUGAGAAACACAGAGGUGCUCGAAUUGAAAGAGGAUGACGUCCACCGCGUCUAUGAGCUUCCAAUGGUGGGAAAGAAGAUAAACACCGAUCUUUGCUCGGAUGCAGCGAUAAAUAGGUUGAGGAGAGAAUUAGGACUGACCGAAAAUUCUUCUCCAUUUGUGAAGGUGGCAGAAUUGGAGAGAGUAUUGAAUACAACUGAGAAAGCAACCGCUUGGGUGAAGGGUGCAAUAUGUUACAUAAUUCACAACCUAUUGUGCCCCACUAACCAUAGCGAUGUAUCUCUACAGUAUGCCCACAUAUUAGUAGAUGCAGCCACCGCAUUAUCCCACAAUUGGUGCUCACACAUCCUUCAGUAUAUGAAAGAAGGCCUCCAAAGUCCAGGAGUUGCAAAUCCGUUGGCGGAUUUUCACUUCCUCAUGAUUAACUACUUGGAUAAAAUGGGGAAGAGAAGCCCAUUUCUGACUGGAAAAUACAAGCACCCAUCACUUCGUGAUUGGGAUGUGAAGAUGGCAAACCAAGAUCUUCAGAAGGUCUAUGAUGUUAUGGGACUCGAGAAUGGAUUGACAGCUGGGGUCACACGACUGAAUGCCACUAAUGAAGGACCGGUAGUAUUGUGUUUUGAUGAUGAUACAUGUCUACUAUCUAAGGCAAAAAUGCAUCUUGAUCAUUGUAGGGCACGUAUACAAAUCUACACUACAACCGCGGAAACAUUGGAAAGAAGAAUGUCUGAGGCAAAUGUUCAAAUUCAGGAUGAUAAAACAGAUGAAAGAAAUGUUGGAACUGAGGAUGCUAAUAAUGACGAGGGAAAUGUUGGGAAAGAGGAGUGUAAAACUGAAGUGAGAAAAAGUUUGAGGUAUAAAUCAUCAAUCAAAAGAAGAAAAGUAGUUUCCAAUGUAGAAUAUGGACAAGCAGAUGAUGGACAAGCACCACAAACAUCCAUGCCACAAACACCACUUUCAUGUACACAAGAAACAAUCUUGAAGUAUCCACAAUAUUUUGAUCGCGGUGAAGCUACAAAUGCAGGGUCUUUGUUGUCUGUAUUGCUUAUACUCCUUGUCUACCUCUGUUUGUACCUGUGGUGCCGUUGCUGCUCAUCAAAUGGAUCAUCAAGAUCGAGAAAUUGUUAUUAAUAGAUGGUUUGAUCUGCGUCGAAGAGCUGUAGCUCAACUUAUGUGUGCAAUUGUUGAUGCUGGCUUCAUGCUGACAAGUGGACUUAUUACACCUUAUAGAGGAGUUCGGUAUCACUUGAAAGAAUAUUCGGCAAAAAAUCCACCCCAAAAUUACAAAGAAUUGUUUAAUCUCCGACAUGCAUCUUUACGCAAUGCAAUUGAAAGAGCUUUUGGUGUAUUGAAAAAAAGAUUUGAGAUUAUAUCUAAUUCAACAGAGCCCAAUUAUGGAGUCAAAGCUCAAAAAUUAAUCAUUUUUGCAUGUUGUAUUCUUCACAAUUAUCUAAUGAGCGCAGACCCAGAUGAAGACCUUAUAGCUGAAGUAGAUGCUGAACUUGCAAAUCAAAAUCUAUCUCAAGAAAAUCAUCAAGCUUCAACAAGUGAUAGGGACGAAGUUGCUUUGGGCGGGGUUAUAAAAAAUAGUGUUGCACAUGAAAUGUGGUUAAAUUAUGAAAAUAAUGUUUUUGCCUAAAUAGUUUAUCUUGUAUGUUUUAUUAUUAUUUUAAUGUUUGAUGUUCUUUGUUAAAGUAGUACUGAGUUUAUUA